GUAGGGGAAAAAUUAGAACCGGUCGGGUCGGGUCAGGAGAUUAUCUAUAAAUACCGCAAUUUUGCCGCCAUUUCAGUAAAAUUCAAAUAAGAAAUCAGUAGCAGAUGAAUAUUUGAUCUGAGAGAGAAGCUUCAACACGGAAAAUACGUGCUAGGGUUUCAAUUCCGUAGGAAACUUACAUUUUGCCGUCAGAUUUCGAAUUUGUGGAAGGUUUUGUGGAAUUUGUACAGCUCUAUAUAGGUUUCGUACCUCGCGAUUUGAAUUUCAAUUUCAAAUGCGUUAUUUCUUUUAUCUCUGAUUUUCAGGUUUCCGAUCAAACGUAUUGUGGAUAAGACAGUUAUUGAGCUCGUCUGAAGGUGAAAUUUUUUUGCCUAAGCACUUGAUAUUCUUAUUAUCUGUUUCGCGGUUUGAAAAGUAUAGGACUGAGGCAUUGAGAUCAUAUUUCCAACUUGUUUGGUUCUGAGACAUAGUAGUUGUAGUAGUAGUAGUAGUUGUUGUAAACUGAGAGCGUUUUACACUACCGAUGUAGUUUAGCUGAUAGCUGGUUUAUAUCUUUUACAGUUUGUCAAUUUAUAUCUAUUAUAUACAGUUACCUAUUAGUUGGCUUUAGUUGAUUUUAAGCACCGGAUAGUUUAAAAUAUUUUCUCUACCAUUUUUGAAGAAUUUGCUGUGCAACUGCAUUCUGGCUAAUACUUCUGUUUACCUGAAUUCUUAGUUAACUUGGUUCAUGCGUAAUCAUGAUGUUUUUCUUUAUAGAAAGUUGAGUAUUCAUCACCAUGAUAAACUCUGAUUUUUCAACACAUAAGCAGCAGGCAAUUUCAAGUGAUAGUUAGCUAGCUUUUCUAUGCCAGUUAUCAAAACUAGUUUUGUCAUUUUUGUGUUUCCAGUUAGUUUACUUCAGCUAGAGGUUUCAGUUAUUGGAUAUUCUAGCUGCCAUUAGGCAGUUCUUCUUUCAAGUCAAGAAUAUUUGAAAUUGGAUUAGCUAGCUACAGCUGGCUGUUAGUGGAUUGUCUCUUUCUGUAACUUGAGAUGCAAAGGUCGUUCUGCAAUGUUGUCGACUUUGCUGUAGGGAUAAUUUAGUCAUUUCUUAUUGACUAUUCUGUGUCUAUAUCCAUAGAAUGCAUUGGAUCAGAAAUGUUAUGCUCAAAAUUUUGAAUGAUUCCAGAACUUUGUAUAAUGUGCUAUGAAAUUGACAAUCAUCUUUGAAUGUUGAGAUGAGAUGCAAUGCUUGCUGGCGAGAACUGGAAGGACAGGCCAUCACCACCACAUGUGGCCACGUUUUCUGCCCGAACGAUGCUAGUAAGAUUCUCAGCAAUGAUGCCGCUUGUCCUAUCUGUGAUCAAGUUCUGUCUAAGAGUCUCAUGAAACCUGUGGAUGUCAAUCCAAGUGAUGAAUGGACAAAUAUGGUCAUGACUGGAAUAUCACCACAGAUAUUAAUGAAGAGUGCCUACAAAAGUGUGACGUUCUACAUUGGGCAAAAGGAAUUGGAAAUGCAAUUCAAGGUGAACAAGUUAGUCGCUCAAUACCAACAGAAAUGUGAGAUGAUGCAAGAGAAAUUCGCUGAAAAGUUUGAGCAAGUGCGUACUGCAUACCAGAAAGCGGCUAAAAAGUGCCACAUGCUGGAACAAGAGAUCGAGAGCUUAUCUAAAGACAAGCAGGAACUCCAAGAAAAGUUUGCUGAGAAAUCCAGGCAAAAGAGAAAACUUGAUGAAAUGUAUGAUCAGUUGAGAAAUGAAUAUGAUUCAGUAAAGCGCUCGGCCAUUCAGCCAAGUAAUUUCUUUUCAAGGACAGAGCCUGAUAUGUUCGCAAAUCCUGCUAAUAUGAUGGACAACAGAGAUCAUAUGGGAAAAGGACCAAGAGAAGACAUAUGGCCUCCAGCAAGAAAGAAUAGUUCCAACUCUGGCCCUUUUGAUAUCUCGAGUGGAUCCCCUGCAAGACAAUCAGCAAUACCAGCAGAUACUGGAAAUAGAAGAGCAAGUGCACGUCCUAUGCUUGGUGUUGGAACUGGAGCAAGCAAUCCCUCACAGACCCUUAGGAAUCUCAUCCUUUCACCGAUUAAGAGACCUCAGCUCUCCCGCAACCGACCACAGAUGUUCACGUUUUGAAGUCGGGAGAUCUUUCAAUUUCAAUAGUGUGGAGAAAUAUAUACUUGAGAUGCAACAAUGGAUCAGGUUUCCUGACAUUUUACAGUGGGAAAUUUUGUUUUGUGAAUUAAAGUGCCAGAUAUUGGUAUGCUUGCUGACUUUCCUUAGCGGCGGAAAAACUAAAUAUAAAAUCAUAUGGAGUAAGGUUUCAUAGUUUACAGACAAGUGGAUGAUGUGAUAUGAGUUACAGUUUAAUAGCUGUAACUUCUCGUAUACUACUUAAGUGUAGGGUAAAAAUUCCGCUAGAAGUCUUCUCUUCUUCUAUCUUCAUUUCUCCCUCCUCACUCGAAGAUAAUUUGGGCAGGAUAUUACCAGUCCCAUAUAUAGAACUUCCAGGUGGACUCCUAAAAAUUUAAUUCCAAGUCUUGUUACUUUUUCGUUUCUUCCUAAAUGUAGUGUCUAGGGACUGUUUAAAACCUGUUCUAGCGUGAUCUUCUGAAAUACUUCAAAAUAUAAGUCAUGCUCAUUUUUGACUGUAUUAGCAUCUUUAGUUUUAUGUCAACAGAUAGUGUCUAGAGGUAAUUUUCUCGUGAUAAAGUCUAAAUGGACUUGAUUUCUUGUGCUUGGGUGCUGCUGCUUUGGUUCUUAAAAUUUGACAACAUUUAAUUAGGAUACAAGUUUAUUUGUUGUUAUUUUGUGUUGAUCAGCUUUCCACUGUAAUGAAACUCUGCUGUCUCACAUAUAUGUUAUAAAUCAGCACCAGUAAAUUCAUUCUUAUUUGAAGAGCUGGUGAGAUUUUACCAGCAAAUUACUAGUAUUAGUCUUGUCACUCUGCUGUAAAUUACCUGUACUC